ACCACCUAUCGUAUUGUCUGGUCGGCUCGCCUCCUUCGUGUCUACGCCUGUCCGUAAUCUUGUUCCGGCAAGCAACUUUCAGCCAUGGCUAUCGUGCUCUGGAUCGGUUGCGAGUAUGAAUAGUUGGCAGUCUUCAAGCAAUGCUGGCGACGAGCUGUCGUCUGGUGUACAACCUCUCAGCAGCUGGCCGAGUCCCUAUUCCAGCGCCAGCCACCAAGUUUCACCCCGUCGUCGCGAGCAUGCCGUGCAGCCUCCUCCUCUGACAACCGCCUUCAGUAGUAGUCAAUUCCAAGGCCUUGGACUUGGUUUAGGGGCAGGAUACUCUCCUACGCCUCUUUCUACGACGUCUCUCUCGAGCCCGUUCACACACGGCCAGUCUCCUGUCGUAGCGUCUCCGGGAGGAGUCGCCAUUGGAUCUUCCCCCAUGUCGUCCCGACAAUACAACGUUCCUUAUAAUCCUCAAGAUUGGGGACCGGUGGGACAUACUGCAAUCAAUACAGGCCAACAGACCUAUCCCCAAACGAACAACAUGCUGAGGAUUGUACCCCAACCACGUCCAUUGGGUUCUCACUCAGAUGUAUCGUUGUCGCCUCCACCUCCUCCGUACUCGCCCCCUAGUCAGCAACACCAGCAUCAACCCAGAGAUAAUGUUAGUCAUGAUCCUUCCUCCGUGAGAUCAAGCUCCCCGAGUACCACGUCCUCCUACACAGGAGCAAUGCGUCCGAGUACGGAUCAAGCUCCGGAGUAUCAACAGCGUCGUCUUCCGAGGGCACGUCCGAUGUCCAUGUUCGUGGGGAAUGAGCAGGGCCGGAACAGACGAGUCUCACUGCCUCCCCCACCCCCGCUACCGCAAAGCCUCUCAGGAUCUCGAUCCUCUUCUCGUAACAGAGGAGAGCCUUAUCGCGACCAAGCGGCCGCACCAUUAGGCUCGAGACCAUAUAUUGUGGUCUCGCCGGAGGCUAUGCGAGCAGCGCAGUCUAACAACGGCAGCCACUUGUCGGGCUCUGACAGCAUGGAUGACGCGGGCCGUCCACCCGCUUCGCGAAGAGCUGUCUCGGCCGGACCCGUGGUCAACAGUGCGAGCUCAUCCCGGGCUCAUAGUCAAACCCGAAGUCAGUCACCACUAUCGCAAGGCUGGGAGCCAGGAAUGCCCCUUCCUCCACCUCCCCCGGGCCCUCCGCCGAGCACAAGGUCACAAAGUGUGAAUGGUUUGUCCGAUGCAUCGUCUGUACGCAGCCACAAGGUUCCUGCUAGAACUGGGAAAGCACGCGCACCUCCGGCGCUGGGAACUACGCUUGAUAGCAUACCACCAACACCUGCUGGCUGGGUGGACGAAACCAUCUCGGUGCUCAGACCCAAGAACGAGAAGAUGCCCUUGAGCAUAGAUACUACAAAUAAAGCGUCCGGAAGUAGUUCCACGCCACACGAUACUUCGCAAACAUCCCAGAGUUCCGUCAGUGGUGGUCUUUUCCGAAGCCCAGCCAUCAAAGACCCGAACGCGAAGGGCAUUCGUGAGAGACGGAUAGAACGGCGAAACCGGCAAAGUCAAGUGCUGGACGACCUCAGUGCCGUGUCCAUGAGCAGUAAUCCGUGGGCGGAAGCACUGGACAAGAUCAAACCCUCCAACUUGGUCUUAGAAGACACGAGUGGGGACACGGAGAAGACGCCACACCAAGCCUCGGCCAAGGUCACCCCGCGAAGUACGCGCAGCGUUGGCUCUGAAAUGCAGCAGCAAAUUCCCGCAAGAUCCAGAGCGUCUUCAGGAGGCCUGUUUUCGAAUCGCUCCCCGUUCUCCACCCCUAAAGCCGAGCCGAGCCCGCUAGAGGCACCAGCUGCAUAUGCACCAACUCCGCCAUUCUCACCAGGGACGGAAAGAUCGAAACGAGCCUCGCCGGCUUUACCCUCAAAAGCCCUCCCGACGCCACCACUUCAACCGAAGCAGGAAAGAUCGCCCUCCCAGUCGUCGAGAGUCGAAGACGAAAGGCCCAUAUCACACAUUUUGCACCUGCCAAAUGACAGUGUUCCAACGGUAUCGCCGCUAGCCCCGCGCCGCCUCUCAGCUCAGCAAGGGCCCUCGUUAGACUCUGUCGUUAAGCGUGAUGAUGAAUUUAUCCGGAACGCUUCGCAAAGGCAUCAGAUCUUCAUCGAGAAAGAGGCUGAUGCUGUUGACGAGAAGGAAGCACUGGAAUUGUUCACCGAGUUCAUCAUUGCGGAAUCUCGGAUCCGACGGGAGAAAUAUGCUAAGAUCUGGGAUACCGGGUCAUUUGACAGGGACGAGGUGGUCCGGCAACUGUUCGAGUUGCCACCGAAAACACCACAAAUUACUCAGAUGACUCCUAUGAGUGUUCCCGUUAUGCCUCCGAAAAGGGCAUCAACCGGAGCAUUACCCAAACCUAAGCUAGACAUUCCUCAAUCGCGGCCCGAAUCUGCGUGGUGGAACAACUACCAGCCGUGCCUCUCACCGAUUGCAAGUCUUGGUCUCAGCAACGACGAAAUGAGCUCUAGAGGACGUGCUCCCAGUCGCUGGUGGGAAUCGAAGACUGGCUCUAGUAGUGAAGGAGGCGAGAGAAGAGUUCAACGAUCGAAGAGGGAGAGCAAGUACAUGGGUCUGCCACGGGAGGCCCUCCUGGAAGAAAGCCAGAGUUUAUCUGGAAGUGGCAUUGGUGGCGACCAAGACUCAACCGGCCAGCGCAUGGCAUACGGCCCAGAUGAAUACCCUCCCGAGAAGGUGGGUUGGCACGAGGAGCCGGAUAUGCCCGUCCACCUGACCAGUAAAGGUCCCAGUCAUCUCGGGUGGUAUGAGGCGAGAUCGACGAUGGAUGUUUCACGGCUGAUCACCCUACCGCCACCUUACCCCCGACACUAUCCUGCGGUCAACAAUAGCCAUCCCGAACUCGUUACAUAUCGGACGUUGGUUCGAUCCAUCACCGAUCUAUCCGAGAUCAAAGCUACUCGGCAACGCCAUGAAACAGACAUGGGUGUCCUGUUCCAGAAGCACCUAACACGGGUCAAGGAAGGUCGUCGACAAUUCAAGGCCAACAUUCAGAGCCAAAUCCAGGAAGGUAGUAUCACGUUCGCGGAGGCCGCAGAAGCCGAAGCAGCAUUAAUCGUGGAGGAGAACACCCUGGAAAGAGAGUUGAUGCAAAGACAGUUGGAUAACUUUCAAGAAACGGUUUUUAGGCCGAUGCGCACGAUACUGAGAGAUCGGAUUGAACGAGCGACAUCUUGCAUUGAUGAACUGCAGAGCAAGCUAUUUGACGACGCACGGUGUGGGACGCCUGACCAAACGCAGGAGGAAGGGGAUGAGAAACCGGAACUCCUGGAGAAACUCACUCAACUCAAGUGGCUCUUCGAGGCCAGAGAAAAUUUACAUCGUGAAGUCUUUGAGCUGAUCAGUGAUCGGGAUGAAAAGUACAAGGCUGUGGUACUGCUGCCAUACAAGCAGGCAGGGAACGAUGACAAGGUCCUUGAAACCAGCGAGUUCUUUUUGAAGGAUGCAAUGGAUCGGCGAGUCAAUCACGAGUCCGAUGCCUUGGCUCGUCUCGAGUCAUUUUUGGAUGUGAUUGAGGAGAAUGUGGCCCGCGGGGUGGAGAUCCAACUGUCUGCUUUCUGGGAUAUUGCCCCGCCUCUCCUCGCCUUGGUGCAGCAGAUCCCCGAGAAUCUCCGUGGCUUCUUGGUCCAGAUCCCAGUCCACGAGUACGACGAGAACCCCAGUUACCACCAACAUCCGCUACAAUAUCUAUACACACUGGUCUCGCAUGCGGAGAAAUCUAGCUACCAGUAUAUCGAGUCUCAGAUCAACCUGUUCUGCUUGCUGCAUGAGGUCAAGUCGGCAGUGAUGAAGGCGAACUGCAGUCUUGUGGAAGCGGAGCGUAUCUGCCAGGGAGAGGCAGAGAGCAAGGUCCUGCAAGAGCUGCAAGCGUCGAGAGCAGACGAGGAACGCACAUUGACCGGCGACCUCCAAGACAAGGUGGCUACGGUAGAAGGCCAGUGGGCUGAAGCGCUUGGGAGCCAGAUUCAAGGGUUACGGGAGCGGGUCAAAGAGCAACUCAUGGCAGAGAAUGGAUGGGAUGAAAUCGAACAGUUGGAGCAGGCGUAAGGAAGUCAACAUGGAGUUAACAGGGAAAGGCUGGGUCAAAAUUGCUCUCGUACUGUUUGGUGAUGAUGAUGAUGAUGUUGUUGUUGCUUUGCUUUUCUAUCAAGAUACCCACAUUCGUUUGUUUUGACAUUGAACUGAAUUGCCCCACCAGACCGCCCCAGUCACGUGGUAUCGACUAACUCCGGAUGCCUU